AUGGGUGAAAGUAAGCAAGGAGUUAUGGUGAUGGAAAUUCCAACGAAGGCCGGCGGAAUUAUGGGCCAGGGAGAGCAGAAUCCAAUUGCAGUUGUGCAGGCCAAGUUCAAGGAACUGGAGAGUGUAUUCAAAGGGUGGUUGGCCAAGCAGUCGUUACCUGUGGAGGCCGCCGUCGUCACCACCACCAGCGCCGCCCAGGGUGCCGCCAUCGGAGCCUUCAUGGGAACUUUGACUGGUGACUCUACCUCCCUGUUUACGCCUCCGACUGAGGGUGUUAACUUGAACCCGGAAGCCAUGGCGUCUCUUAAACAAGCCCAGGCUCUUGCAGGAGGUCCAUUGAUACAAGCUCGCAAUUUUGCUGUCAUGACGGGUGUCAAUGCUGGCAUUUCGUGUGUCAUGAGAAGAUUGAGAGGCAAGGAGGAUGUUCAGUCUAGUAUGGUUGCAGCUUUUGGUUCUGGGGCCAUGUUUUCAUUAGUUACUGGGAUGGGUGGACCAAAUCAGGCAGCAAAUGCUGUUACUUCUGGUCUUUUCUUUGCACUCGUUCAAGGUGGACUUUUCCAGCUGGGACAGAAGUUCUCUCAACCACCAACUGAAGAUGUGAACUAUUUGAAAACAAGAUCCAUGCUGGGAUGCCUUGGCCUGCAGAACUAUGAGAAAAAUUUUAAGAAAGGAUUGUUGACUGACAACACUUUGCCAUUGCUAAAUGAUAGUGCUCUCAGAGAUGUGAAAAUACCUCCUGGACCAAGACUUCUUAUUCUUGAUCAUAUAGAGAGGGAUCCAGAGCUGAAAGAGAGGCGAAGAGGUAGCCAUUGA